UGUGUGCAGAGCCGGGCAGCCAUUACACAGCAGUAACGUUGUUACGGCAGGAAGGUCGGUUGGAAGGGAAAGGCAACUAAUCUGGAAAUCUAAAAUUAAAAACCUCGGUCUAAGAUAACUAAGUGAUAGCAACGCUUCGGCGUUUCACAGCCCGUUACACGAGGUGUUUGUCAGACCUGUUCGAGCUGUAGCCAACCCGUAAUUAGCUUCGGAACUGCUGCUUAUUCUGCGAGUGGAGACGUUUUUUUAAGCAAAUUCGUGCUUUUCAGAGCAGGCAUUCAGCGCGGGAGCGACUGGGAACCUUAAUUACUGGAGCACUUUAAUUUGGACAUACACUAAGGGUUUAUUUUCAACACAAAAAUGGACGAUAAAGCUUUUACGAAAGAGCUGGACCAGUGGAUCGAACAGCUGAAUGAAUGUAAACAACUGACCGAAAACCAAGUCAGGACGUUAUGCGAAAAGGCUAAGGAAAUUCUUACAAAGGAGUCAAAUGUCCAAGAGGUUCGCUGUCCUGUGACGGUCUGUGGAGAUGUACACGGACAGUUCCAUGACCUUAUGGAGCUCUUCAGAAUUGGAGGCAAAUCUCCAGACACCAACUAUCUCUUUAUGGGUGAUUAUGUUGACAGAGGCUACUAUUCAGUUGAAACAGUAACACUUCUUGUAGCAUUAAAGGUUCGUUAUCCAGAACGUAUCACAAUAUUGAGAGGAAAUCAUGAAAGCAGGCAGAUCACACAAGUAUAUGGGUUUUAUGAUGAGUGUCUGAGAAAAUAUGGCAAUGCCAACGUCUGGAAAUACUUCACAGAUCUCUUUGACUACCUUCCUUUGACUGCAUUAGUAGACGGCCAGAUAUUCUGCCUGCAUGGAGGCCUUUCUCCUUCAAUAGACACACUGGACCACAUUCGAGCUCUCGACCGUCUGCAAGAAGUUCCUCAUGAGGGCCCAAUGUGUGACCUGCUGUGGUCCGAUCCAGACGACCGUGGUGGCUGGGGCAUCUCACCCCGUGGUGCUGGGUACACUUUUGGACAAGACAUUUCAGAAACCUUCAACCAUGCCAACGGGCUGACCCUUGUGUCCCGCGCUCACCAGCUUGUUAUGGAGGGAUACAACUGGUGUCACGAUCGAAAUGUGGUAACCAUUUUCAGUGCUCCAAACUAUUGUUAUCGCUGUGGCAACCAGGCAGCUAUUAUGGAACUUGACGACACCCUCAAAUACUCUUUCCUUCAGUUUGACCCAGCACCUCGCCGUGGAGAGCCUCACGUUACUAGACGCACCCCAGACUACUUCCUUUAAGAACAUCACAACGGCAAUUGAGUUUCAUCUGAAAGUAACCCAGUUUGUUAAAAAAAAAAAAAAGAAAGAUAAAGCAGCAGUGACACAGAAAUUAAUUCAGAAGAACAAAGUUUGGGAUCUGCUACCACAUGAAAGCACCAACACGGACCAAAAUGUGCCAUAUAAAUGACAAGCAUUUAGCACACCUAGUUUGCCCAGAGUGCUCCAGUAUAUCCACACGUUCUAUUUAGCGUUCAGUUCAACAGUCAGAUUGCCUGCUGUAUACAUUUGUAGUAAUGUACUUUUAUUAUUGGGGUGGGCGGGUGGGCUGAUCUCCUGUGACAUCUUAGAUGCUUUAUCACACCCACCGGACCUUCGUUCCUUUUGAGUUGUAGCUACGUCAGGCGGCAUGAUUUCUAGGGUAUCAUUUUACAAGGACAAUUUCUUGAGCUUACAAGCAGCCUUUUUGAGACCCCUUUCCUCCCAAGUGAAUGAUCAAGACGAGCCAGACAGACAGACAGACACACAUUUCCCCUUAAGGAGUCUCUGCUUCCUUGUGUAAAGACGCCUCAGCCCAUUUUUAUUAUGUAUAAGUUUUACUGUUCUGUGUUUACUGUACCUUUUUUUCUGUAUAUUUGUCAUGAAGUGCUUGCAUCUUAUUUGGUGUAUUUGAACAAAUAAAAGUGCUUUCAACCAUAAA